AUGGAUUUGAAACCAGCCCCCAGCGGAGCGGAUUCGUUGAAGUCCCCCGUGGUUGAAGUGGAGGCUGUGGACGCUGUGGACAUGACCAACGCGGAUCUCGCUGUAGAUGCGAUGUUCUCGGAUCUGGAGACAGACAGCGACUCCGACGGCUGGGAGAAUCUGUCCAACUGCGAAGACGCCAUUCAGCUGCUCCGCGACGACCAGAUUCGCGACGGUCUAGGUAAAUACCCACCCUUCCUACCCCGGAUCCCCGCUCUCGGAGAUCGCGAUCCUAGGCUAACGCGCCUCUCCGGUCUAGUCCCGGGAGCCUGUACCUUAGAGGAGGCUACUGCCUAUCGCCAACGUCUGCAUGCGAUCGGAAAAGCGGCCUUUGUGGAGGAGACCAUUGUGCGCGAAACCGUCACGGCCAAGAAGCUCUGUACGGCGUUUGGCAUCGUGCCCCCGGCAUUCCUGGACGACGCCCCAGAUGAGGCCUAUCACUCCCUUCUGGCGAUCGCGAUCUCGCGCGAAUUCUCUCGACGGCCGAAACUCCCCCAGUAUAACACUAUCGACGAUGCGGUGCGACUGCUUCGCGAGUCCCGGAACAUCAUCGUCCUGACCGGCGCGGGUGUAAGUGGCUCGAUCAAAGAUGAAAGGGCUUUCCAUGGCUUCGCGGGUACUGACUGGCACCGAUAUAGAUUUCAACGAGCCUAG